AUGGGUUUCACAGCCAAAGUUCGGAUCGAAUUGGCCCUGCUUUUCUUCACGUUCAGCUGUCUUAUUCUACUGCCCGAAGGAAAAGGUGCGAAGGUGCAUAUCGUCAAGCAAAAAUCAGAGGCCCCUGUGGCAUCCUCCUCUUCUCCGCCUCAAGUGAAAGUCAAGAGCUCGCCGGCCUCUCCUCAGGGACCGUCCAAUGCUCCGCCACAAGAGCCAGCACAGGCGCCACAAGAGCCAGCACAGGUGCCAGAAGAGCCAGCACUGAACCAGACCUCGGGACAAGAGUGCGAUGAUGCGAGCUGCCUGCAAGAGUGCCUGAUGGGAAGCUUCGUCGACGCUGGUCCGGACUCCAUGAGGUUCAGUUUCGCGGCAUGCAACAACGGCACCUGCCAAUGCACUUACCAAUCAGUGUGCCAGCCAGAGAGAUGCUUCAACACUUGCACCAAAAAAUACCAAGAAAAACUAAACGGAUCCACCUGCAUGCAAAACCAGUGCUACUGUGUGCAAUCCAAUGGGGCUCCCGAAUUCACCGACGGUUCACAGCUCCCGCUUGGUUUUCAGAAUGAAUCACCAGCGGGAGGUAAUAACUGA